AUGAUUGAACUCGAGUUUCACGAGUUGUUUCGGACACCGGUUGGCGGCGCCGGCGGUGGACAAGGACUCAAUGGGGCCGGCGGUCAGGCCUCGGCCGCAGCCGCCAAGAAGUGUGGCGCCGGCGCAGCACUCAAACCGCUGCUGAAGGGAAACAAACACCAGAGGAAGCAAUCCAUGUCCAAAGAGAUGCGCGAAAUAGCGUCGGGAAUAUUGCGGCAAAUGUUGGACAAAAACCACGGCUGGCCUCCAGUGGCCGCACCACUGAUGGCCGCUCAGUCAGCGUCGGCCGCAUCGCAGUCACUGGAAGUGCCGUUCAUUGAGCUCAACGCCAACGCUUCCGAGUUCAGUGUCUUCGCUGCCGUUCGCCAAUCGGUGCUCCAGAAGCAGCUCAAAGACACGUCGCUUGUGUACGGCUCGACGUAUGGCCGGCUCUACGGGACCGACAGUACGGCCAGCGAUGACGAGACCAACGAUAAUAAGCAAACAGAGUCUGUGAUGAGGGUGCCGAAAGUGGUCGGCUUUGGUCUUAGUGUGGCGUUUGAGUUGAUCCGCGAGUCCCGUACGUGUCUGCCAUCGUUGUGUAUUCGCGCACUUCAGGCCCUAUUGAACGCACUUCAGGGACAACUGCCCGAAGGACUCAAAUACGAGCCCUCAGAUGUGAUAAACCCAUUGUUUGAUUUACUACUGGAACUGUCAUCGACACAAACCACAUAUCACGAGAGCACCGGUACAAUAGCGUCGACGUCGACCUCCGUGUCCAACAAUCAGACGUUCAUUGAGCUCAAGUCGUACGCGUGUUCGGCGUUACUAAGUCUGGUCACAGCCAGAGGCGAUACGGACAAGACGUUGACCGCAAUCACAGCGCUGUUGACGAGUCCACAGUUGACCGCCGAUAACGAUGUGAUCGAAACGCCCAAUAUAUUGAUAUCACUGCAACGGUCCGUACACUGCGUUCUGUUGGGCAAAACGAAACGACCCGAUUGGCUGACACACGGCUUCUGUGCGAACUCCCUGUGCGACACAUUCACUGUCCGCAUACCGUCCGACACCAGUCGACACUAUAAACAGUCUUCCCUCGCCUUCGACGGCAAAUAUCUUUACUUAUAUUCCGGGAAUCAGAUCCACAAAAUCGGUUCCGGAUAUUGCGGUACAAUUAAAGGACAACUCAUUCACAGCAAUAGCAUCGGCUCGCAUAAGACACAGAGCGGUCUCAUCGGUUGGAUCGGUUAUAUCGGCGACAGUCUAUACCUGCAGACCAAUAACUGGACACACAAUGAGUUGAUCCGUUUGGAUAAGAAUACGUUCCGAGAGGUGGGCAAAGUGACGCUCGGUGUCACCCAAUUGGGUCCCAGCGCUUGCGCCUCCGAUAACGAGAGUUUACUACUGAUUAGCGCCACGAAAGACGACUGUUUUGUCAUCAGAACACUGCGACCGCCGCCGGACUCGUCCACAACGAACGUCAUGUCCAUCACUCAGGAGUUGACCAUAAAGUUGUCCCACAAGUGUCUCAACGUAUGCGGAGGUAUCGGUUCAGCCAUUUUCGAUCAACAAAUACCGCCAAACGAACAACAAUUGAAACCACCGUUUUUGCGGCCAAUCGACACCAUCGAAGCCGACGAUAUCGUACAGAUCUGUUGCGGCAAAGACUUCGCACUCAUUCGGACCUUCUCUGGCAAAGUGUUCUUCACGGGAAAGGCUCAGAGUUUGGGUAUCAAACAAAACGCCGUCACUUUCGGCAAGUGGUCAGAGUUGCCGAUAACUAAGGCGCCAAAGAUCGACAACAUUAGCGUUGGUCACGAGGGCUCACACGCGCUGCUGGUGGCCGACGACGGCUCCGUCUACUUUGUGGGUCUGUCGAAGAGAGGCGAAGACGGAGAACAGAUCAAAUCGCGACGACAGCCGAAGGCGGGAAAGCCCAAGAAAAUGAUGAAAUUGGACGCCAAGAGCGUCGAGUUUAGCGCUUGUAAUCACGGCUCCAGCGCUUUGGUGACCAAAAACGGCGAACUCUAUCUGUUCGGCAAAGACGCCCACUAUGUGGACCGCACCACCGGUUUAGUGACAUCGUUGCGACACGUGAUCAUAUCGCAAGUGGCCAUCGGAAAGGCACACAUACUGGCCCUCUCUAACAAGGGUACGGUCUAUACGUUCGGCAUCUCCAAUAAGGGUCAGUGCGGACUCGAUCUCAUGCAGACCUCAGCGAACAAAGACGCGGCCGUUAACGAGGAGUCCGGCGGCGGCGUCGACGGCGACCGCAACCCCGACCAACAGAUCGAUAUGACCGAAGACAUCACUGAGCCGUUGUGCGCCAUCGGACAGCAUCGGUGGAAAUACGAUCAGUGCAUGAUUUGCACCAUUUGCGGCGAGUGUACCGGUUAUGGCACCGGUUGUAUAGCGAGCGGCAAAUCCGAACGCAAUCCGGGCAUGUCGUGCGGGUGCGGCGCCGGCGACGCCGGCUGUACGGACUGCGGCUGUUGUCGGGCAUGCGAAGCCGUGCCGAAGGAGGCCUUCGCCGGCAACGAGAACAACGAAUCGCCGCCACUUUUGCCACUCAAUCAGAUGGCGUUCAACGCCGCCCAACAACAGCUCAAUUACGCCGACUCUAUCAGCGACGAUAUGCAACGAUUCGCCGCCGCGUACGCGAUGGUCGAGUCAGGACCGGCCGGCGCCGCGGCCGCCAAUCAGUUGAACGCCGUGAACGCGGCCACAGCGGCGGCCGUUGCCGUCUACGCGGCCAACGAACACGUGUACGAAGAGCCGCAGUUGAGUCGGGCGGCGAUGCGGGCGGCGCUCAAUCCGCGGACCGAACGCCGACGAGUGGGCGUCGAUAUACUGGGCCGACGUCUGCGACACGCGGGCAAAGCGUACCGUAAUUUGGCCGGAGUUUCGGGAAGUGGUGGCGGCGGUGGAGCCGCAGCGGCGGCCGCCGCAGCCAUCGGUCGAGAUCACGAGGCGAUGGGCGAGAACGCUAUGCCGGCGGCCAUGGAGUUGAUCGACAAACACGUGUCUAAUGUGAUCAAUAUAGACAUGAGCGACGCCGGCAGCGACGGCGAGGCCUCCAAACUGACACAAUUGCCGCCAACGAAGCUAAACAUAUCGAGUCGUAUCAUUCAGAUCGCCUGCGGUCUCCACCACUCCGUACUCCUCACCUCUUCGGGCGAUGUCUACACAUUCGGCAGCAAUCAAUUCGGACAACUCGGUCACAACGACUUCGCCAUACGGGAAGUGCCCACAAAAGUGCUGCUCAAAGCCAACGUCAUUCAGAUUCCUCACCUCUUCGGGCGAUUGCCCACAAAAGUGCUGCUCAAAGCCAACGUCAUUCAGAUCGCCGCCGGCAGUAAUCACACGGUUCUGCUCUCGUCUACGGGACAGGUGUACACAUUCGGCAACAACCAAAAGGGACAGUUGGGUCGCAACCCGUCCACCAUUGACUUCGCGUGGAACGCCAUUCCCGGCACUAUCGCCACCAUUGGUCAACAGUACGGCCGAAAGGCCACAUACAUAUCGGCGUCCGGCGACCACACGUUCAUCAAGUUUGACGAGUCGCUCAUUAAUCCGCUGUCACUGUCGUCGGCCCGAGUGAUAGCCAAUCGCCGGUGCAUUGCAAUCAUUCCCUCCAAUCCGGAGCUCUCGGCCUCGGCUAAGGACGACCGAUACGAGCUAAUUGACCGUCAGUUUCACUCACUAGUCAUCAGCCGUUCGGACGGCCAGUGCAAGAGUUUCAACACAUCGGAUCAGUUAGAAUUGGCCGCCUUCUCGGCCGUAUGUCUCGACAACUAUUACGACGUGUUGUGGACGUACGACACGAAGAGUCACGCAUUCAAUCGCUAUAAUCUGAUAUACGCCGAGACAAAGAUACCGAACCAGUCGUUGUCGUUGACGUCGAUUCUGUUGCCAGAGUUAGCGCUCCCGCAGAAGCCGUCCACGAAAGUGAACCGAACGACAGCCGCACUCAACCUAUUGUGCACUUUGGAUACACUGACGGCCGCACAUCAAAUCGGCUGGACCAUCGAAGAGGUCGACCAAAACAAGAGCAAAAUCACCAAAAGUCUGAGCAAAGAUGACUUCUCGUCUGUUUGUCGUUUUGAGAGUCACGGCGGAGGUUGGGGUUUUUCGAGUCACUCGAUAGAAGCGAUACGUUUUAUGGCCGACAACGACGUCCUGUUGGGCGGAUUCGGUCUGUUUGGCGGUCGCGGCGAAUACACGGCGAAACUCAAACUCUUCGACAUUGGACCCGACGGUGGGGAACAGGAGGGCGACGGAGAGAUACUGUCGGAAACGGAUGAGAUAUCGUUUGAAUGCGCCGCUCGACAGAAGUUUCCCAUACUGUUUGAAGAGCCGGUUCCGCUUCAGGCCAACCGGUGGUACGUGGCGUGGGCUCGCAUUUCGGGCCCCAGCAGUGACUGCGGCUCCAGCGGCCAGUCGGUGGUCAACACCGAGGAUCAGGUGGUCUUCUAUUUCAAGAGUUCCAAAAAGUCAAACAACGGAACCGAUGUAAACGCCGGACAAAUACCGCAAGUCCUGUAUAAAGUGGUGUCCGGCGGCGGCGGUGGCGGUGACUCGUCCUCGCAUGCGUCCAAUCGCAGCGAAUCCAACGGCUUAUACGAAGAGUCGGUGUGUAUUGUGGGCAAAGAGUUCUCGCUGACCGUCAAAACCGAGUGCUUUCAUUCGCUGCUGAAACUGUUGCGCUGGGGCUGGAAGUCCUUCAAAGCCAUCGUGACCGACAUGAACAGCACCGGCAACACAGAGUCCACUGAUCUGUUGGGCACUAAUCUCAUUGAAUUGCGACACUUGACGUACAUCUGUUGCGCUUCACUUCAUUUGCUGAACGUUUACGUCAACGAAAUCUAUCCGAACAGACAUAACGAACAAAAGCCGGUCUCGCAGUCAAACGACUCGUUAAGACUCGCCGAAUGUGUAUACGAAGUGCGGACACUAUUGAAGCGGAUUCUGUCGGCACCGCCCGACCCGCCGCCCCGUAACCACUCGUUCACCGGCGAAGUGAACGCUUUUAUAUCGCAGAUUAUGGACGAAAGUCACGAGACGUUUCUCGCCUGUUAUCACGCCUUCUAUCCGAGCAGUUCUCUGCGGUGGCGCGCGUUGUGCGACCUUUUGCUCAAAGAUCAUCACCACUCGGCGUNCGCUUUUAUAUCGCAGAUUAUGGACGAAAGUCACGAGACGUUUCUCGCCUGUUAUCACGCCUUCUAUCCGAGCAGUUCUCUGCGGUGGCGCGCGUUGUGCGACCUUUUGCUCAAAGAUCAUCACCACUCGGCGUCCGGACACAAGCCAUCCGUUCAUCUAUUGUCGGCGAUGUUGGCCUCGCUGUGCAGGCCGUGGGUUCGGUUGGCGCAGACCUUUCCCAUUAUGAAUGGUUUGGAUGUCUAUAACCUUCAAAGUCCUUCUGAGCUUCAAAGUCCAACUUCUGAUUUAGGCAUUAGUUAUGAAAACUCAAUACUUAACGACAAACUGUUGGAGAAGACCGAUGAAGAGGGCUGUCAUUCGGGCACUGAGUGCUCAUUUCGUGAUAUAUUUAACAAUUUGCUUGAAAUCAUUGGUCAACCGAUCCGUUAUAGCCUUCAACAGGAGAACAACGCCAACAAUGUCUCGGAGUUGGAGUUGGAGACAGAGUUAGAGUCGGAAAGCAGUCAUUGCAUACAAUUGGUUGAGAACUCGUGUAAUCUGAUCACAACAAUAAUGGCCGAACUCGUGGCUCAGGUGACGGGUAUUGGCGGCGAUUCGCACGUUAUGAGCGGUCAACAGCUGCACAUCACUCCCUCACGAUUCUCGCGAAUUUCGCAGAACAGGACGUGGAAUACGGGCAACGGCUCGCCCGACGCCAUCUGCUUUUCGGUGGACAGACCGGGCAUAUCGAUAGCCGGUGUCACCGUUUACGGCGAGUCGGUGUGUAUUGUGGGCAAAGAGUUCUCGCUGACCGUCAAAACCGAGUGCUUUCAUUCGCUGCUGAAACUGUUGCGCUGGGGCUGGAAGUCCUUCAAAGCCAUCGUGACCGACAUGAACAGCACCGGCAACACAGAGUCCACUGAUCUGUUGGGCACUAAUCUCAUUGAAUUGCGACACUUGACGUACAUCUGUUGCGCUUCACUUCAUUUGCUGAACGUUUACGUCAACGAAAUCUAUCCGAACAGACAUAACGAACAGAAGCCGGUCUCGCAAUCAAACGACUCGUUAAGACUCGCCGAAUGUGUUUACGAAGUGCGGACACUAUUGAAACGGAUUCUGUCGGCACCGCCCGAUCCGCCGCCCCGUAACCACUCGUUCACCGGCGAAGUGAACGCUUUCAUAUCGCAGAUUAUGGACGAAAGUCACGAGACGUUUCUCGCCUGUUAUCACGCCUUCUAUCCGAGCAGUUCUCUGCGGUGGCGCGCGUUGUGCGACCUUUUGCUCAAAGAUCAUCACCACUCGGCGUCCGGACACAAGCCAUCCGUUCAUCUAUUGUCGGCGAUGUUGGCCUCGCUGUGCAGGCCGUGGGUUCGGUUGGCGCAGACCUUUCCCAUUAUGAAUGGUUUGGAUGUCUAUAACCUUCAAAGUCCUUCUGAGCUUCAAAGUCCAACUUCUGAUUUAGGCAUUAGUUAUGAGAACUCAAUACUCAACGACAAACUGUUGGAGAAGACCGAUGAAGAGGGCUGUCAUUCGGGCACUGAGUGUUCAUUUCGUGAUAUAUUUAACAAUUUGCUCGAAAUCAUUGGUCAACCGAUUCGUUAUAGCCUUCAACAGGAGAACAACGCCAACAAUGUCUCGGAGUUGGAGUUGGAGACAGAGUUAGAGUCGGAAAGCAGUCAUUGCAUACAAUUGGUGGAGAACUCGUGUAAUCUGAUCACAACAAUAAUGGCCGAACUCGUGGCUCAGGUGACGGGUAUUGGCGGCGAUUCGCACGUAAUGAGCGGUCAACAGCUGCACAUCACUCCCUCACGAUUCUCGCGAAUCUCGCAGAACAGGACCUGGAAUACGGGCAACGGCUCGCCCGACGCCAUCUGCUUUUCGGUGGACAGACCGGGCAUAUCGAUAGCCGGUGUCACCGUUUACGGCGGUAUUGGCAACGAAUGGCACUACGAGUUAGAACUGCUC